GACAGGCUGUGUACCACAGCUAUGGCCAUGGCUCUCAACUUACUUUACCUUGUAUUGAUCACAUCAGUGAUUUUACAAACUGCGACAUCGAGCACCUUCAAAGAAUCGAUUUACCUGGUGACGGUCAGCUCGGAGGUGGUAGGAGGGACCACAGAGAAACUUUGUGCUCAGGUCCACCAAGCCACAGAGCCUCUGUUGUUGAAGGUGUUGAUGAAGAUGGAGGGUGGCAGCAGCACCAUUCUACUGGAGGAAGCCAUAAGACAGGACUUCUAUCGCUGCACCUCCUUCCAGGUACCCCCAGUGAAGGUUGACAGUGUGGCCACUGUCCAUGUUAGCGUCAAGGGGAGGAAGGAGGAGAUGAGCAAAAACACCAAGAUCCUUAUCAAGGCCAAAAGUUUCCUCACCAUUUUCCAGACAGACAAACCAGUCUACAAACCUGGACAGACAGUCAAGUUCCGAAUCGUAUCGCUGGAUGCCAGUUUCUUGUCAUUCAAACAGAUGUAUCAAACAGUGGAACUUCAGGACCCCAACUCCAACCGCAUUGCUCAGUGGUUGAACCAGUCAACAGUGAGUGGAAUUCUGGACCUGUCACACUCCAUGUCUACAGAGGCAAUGCUGGGAAGUUAUAUCAUCACUGCAUGGAAUGAGAAGGGGAGAAAAAAACCUCCCAAAACUUUGACAUCAAAGAAUAUGUGUUGCCCAAGUAUGAGGUGAAAGUCCAUCUUCCCCAAACAAUAACUAUUCUGGACAAGCAAGCAACACUGAGAGUUUGUGGAAAAUACACUUAUGGAAAACCAGUGAUGGGGUCUGUCACGGCGAAAGUUUGCAGAAAUGCCAUUCAAUAUUACUGGUUAUAUGAUAAUAGCAAUA